CAUGCAGUCGCUGUAGCAUAUCUUAUUGGUCUUAUCCGCCUACUUGCAAGAAAUCUGUUUUGUUAUUGGCCAUCAUAUGGCCUACGCUUCCUGAACAAAAUAUAUUUAUUGUUCAUGUCGCCCGGAAAGCGAAGCGUUUAAUUUCUCAACUGGGAACGGUGGACAGGACUAACUGACACGCUCACGAUGACCGCUUCAGGGUUUGUGCUGGUCGCCUUGCUCGCAUCUCAGAGUGCAGUUAUGGCCAGGGUCCUGUUGGAGCCGACGCAGGCGAGGUUGGACAGCACCAAGUUGUCUGCUAAGCCUGGUCAAGUGUGUACGUUCUUGGGACUGUGCGGCAGCCAAUCGGAGGGCAAGGAGGUAGAGCUCCUGACCAAUCACAUCGCUGAUGGUGACAUGACUAGUGUGGCCCCUUUUAGGGGCACACAUCCGGAGGUACAGCUGUCCCCUCAGUGCACGUUCUGCCUUUUUCUCGUCAAGAAGCUGGAGAGCAUGUUGGGGACGGAGAAGACAGAGGACGCCGUAGUGCAGCUGCUGAACGUGGUGUGCACCAUCCUGCCCCACCGCUGCCGGGACCAGUGCGAGGGCUUCAUCGCCAAGUACGCCAAGCAGCUGAUCGAAUUCCUGCUGUCCUCUGCCAACCCCAACACCAUCUGCAUGCUGCUCCACCUCUGCCUGGUGCAGGAGCUGCCCCUCGUGGAGAUGCCCCCCCUCUCGCCGUGCGACUCCUGCCAGACCCUGACGGCGCUGUCCCAGAUUCACCUGGGCUCCAACCUCACCGAACACGGGGCGUCCUCUUUCCUGGAGUCCGUCUGCGAGCUGCACCCCCACGCCGUCCCAAAGUGCCAGAUCUUCACCCAGCGCUACGGGUCCAGGCUGCAGAGGAUUCUGGGAAAACAGGAGCAUGCCCUGGACAUGUGUGAGCGGGAGGACCUGUGCGCGGCGGGAAGCGAGGCGAUGAUGCCGGGCGGAAACCACUGCACCUGGGGGCGCGACUACGUGUGCGCAAACAUGAAGACGGCUCUGGAGUGCGACAGUGUACUGUUCUGCGAGAAAUUUAUGUGGAACUAGCAAACCCAGGACCCAGGCAAGCUCUACCACCCGGCUGCCCCGUUUUGGCUGUAGGCUACUUCUGAUGAUGCCAGAUCCACUUGUAGCAACGGAUAAGAAUUAUUUAGCUUUAGCAACUCAGACUGCAAUUUAUCAAAGUCAAACAUGCUGAAACGUUGAUUAAAUAAUGAGUGAUACCGGGCAAUGAAAAUACCAAAGACCAAAGUGAUACUUUUAAAAAAAAAUUUUUUACAGACGAUUGGUCCUUGUAAUGCAUGAUAAUGUUAACCGAAUACAAUUUCCCUAAACCGGAACAAAGUAUCACAUGAUUUGUGUCCUAAAGACCCCAAAUUUUUUGAAACAGGUACAAAUUAUAUUGAGAUUGAAAUUAAAGACUUGAAGACUUCAACUGAUCUGCAGUACAGAAUAUCCUUUAAUGAAUAAAAAAUGGUGCUCAACUCAUUAUUAAAUCAACAGUUUAACUGACGUGCUCUACCUUCCUCUAUUAACAGUGGGAAUUACACCUCAACUGUGCUCAGUUACACUGAACGAUAAUUCUCAGCAAUUUGACGUUUGACUGUGUUGCACUGUGCUCUUUAACUUAUAUACUGCGCAUAUAUCUCAGUUUUAAUAACGCUUUUUUUGCAGUUUUUAUACUACUUUACAGUUGUGCCAUUUAUGCUGUCUUAAAAUGUAUGAUGAGCAAUUUAUGAAAAUUGAAAAUGAAAUCAUGAUUUGAAUUUCUUCACUGUAUCAUUUCUGGCUUUUUAUAUUUGAUUAAAAGUUUGUUAGCAAUG